GUGACUCAGUUAAACAUGGCGGGUCAGUGGUGUAGUGUCGUGUUGUUGCUCUCCGUUUUAGCGAUUUCUAUAUUAAAUACGUCCAGUGCGCAUAUAAAUGUCCCAAAGUUAGCAAGGUUUCUUCUGCUGCAAAGAGCAAGCUGCUACUGAAGAAAGUGGCUAGUGAUGAUAGUCUCUCAGUAGAAACCCCCUCUAGUGUCGAAACAUCCAGUAAUGAUACUAGUUCUACUACCACCACCACUACUACUACCACCACCACCACAUCCAUCACUACUACUACUACUACCUCCUCACCUACCACCAAUCCUGUCCCGAUUAGUACCGGUGAUUCUUCAGCUGUCGUCCCCUCUACAGAAGGAGCUAGUUCAGAGAAUGUCACGGGAGGGGCAAUGCAAGUCGAUUUGGUACCUAAAUCUACGGCAGCACCAAACAUUCCAAAAAAUGACUCAAACACAGGUGCCACGGAUGCCCCUGUCAAAAAUGUAGGUGGUCAGCAGGGUGCCGAAGAGGAGGAGGAGGAUCCUGACAGUGGAGGUGACGAUUUGGUUCCAAUCACAGGAUAUGAAACCAAGAAUACAACAAUUGAUCAUCAUCGGUACUACACUUCUCUAACUGUAAAUGGAGAUGGAAAUGCUCAGCAGUACUGGGUUAACUUGGACACCCUCAAUGAGGAAGUAGUCAUUAAGAAUGAGAUGCUGUGCGAUUCACAUCGCAGGGCUGCGACGGUUACCCUCAAGUUUGAUUUCCCAUUCUAUGGCCACAUGUUAAGAAAUAUAACAAUAGCAACUGGAGGGUUUCUUUUUACUGGUGACUUUGUCCACACAUGGCUUGCAGCAACUCAGUACAUAGCCCCCCUAAUGGCCAAUUUUGACACGUCGGUGUCUGAAGAUGCAUGUGUGAAAUAUGCUGAUAACGGUACCGCAUUUACAGUCCAGUGGGACAAAGUGAAGCUGAAAGAUCACCAGGAUGCUGGCACAUUUACUUUCCAGGCAACAUUGCAUCAGUCGGGAGACAUCAUAUUCACUUAUAAACAGAUACCAGUCACUGUCACAAGCAUCCACGAUGAUGAGCAUCCAGUGAAAGUUGGGCUGUCUGAUGCGUACAUAGUAGAUCGUACCAUCUUUUAUGUACGUCGAAAAACCAUCUACGAAUACCACAAGAUCGAUAUGAAGAAGACUUUUACGAUAGGAAAUUGGACAGCUAUACUCUUCAAGGCUUUACCAACAUGCAUGACUUUGAACAGCUGUGAGGCCUGUUUGUCAACAAAGAUAAGUUUCCAGUGUAAUUGGUGUAACAAGAUAGGCAGAUGCAGUACGGGUUUAGAUCGUCACCGUCAAGAUUGGCUGUAUCAGGGAUGUGAAAACUUGAGCAUCCAGGAUCUAGAUAAGUGUGCUGGUCUAGCCCCUCCACCAUCCUAUCCAUCCCAUAAUCUCCCAAGGGUUUCCAGCGUCGAUACAUUUGGACAGAAUGCCAGUGUCGAACCUUACGCAAAAGCUCCUGGUUCCUCAGGUUUGGAUGCUUCGGAAUACAAGGAAGGGAUAGUUACGGAUGGCGAGCCUGAAACACUAGCUCACACAUCUGGGAGAGGUGGUGAUGAGGGUCAGACAAGUGUUGGAGGAGUAGUUGCAGUGAUAUUCCUACUUGGGUUAAUUCUAGGUGUUGGUGGAUGGGUUGCCUAUGCAUAUUUCUAUCCACAUUCAACUUCAGGACAGAUACUUAUCAGGUAUCGUCCAAGCACCUGGUCCUGGAGGAGAGGUGAAGCACGUUACACAGCCGCUUCGAUACACAGCAUACACAUGUGAAUAUAUGCAGUGUAAGCAAUGAAAUGAUAAUCCUAUGGACAACUUCCCUUAUUUUUGGGUAAGUGAUAAUCAGGAAAAAGUAUUGAGCUACAGGUGAAAGAUAUGCUAGUAUAUAGUAUAUCAGAUAAGAUUUAUGAUCAGAUCGUCUGUACCUUGUAUUACCAUACUUUAUGAGUAUAUGGGUAAUGAAAAUUAAUGAAUAAUUGAUGUAUAUCAUAUAUAUAUCUGUAUAUUUAUAGGGAAGCACACCAGCACCCAUGGCUGUUCAAUCUUUUAAGUGACUUUAUCUUGACAGAUUUGGGGACAGUAGAAAAUAAAUGAAUGAUGUAGUGAUAUUAAGGGACAAUAAUUGUAUUGCAUGUAAAAUAGCGCGGAAUUAUAUUUCAUAUUUAGGUUGCGUCCUAACACAUACAGAUUCCAGUCUCCCGUUACCACAUUAUGACUGAAUGUAUGUUUGUCUUGGUUUGUAAGUGGAAAUGGUGAGCACUGGAUUUCCAUUGACUUCAGGGUAGGUUGAUUUAAUUACAAGAUAUACAUUUUAUUGUAACAUUAUAGAUAGUCUGUUAUGUUUUCAAUUAACAUUGCACACAGUAAUGAAUUGUUUUGUUAGGUAAGGUCAACAUAUUGUGAAAGUGUUUUCUGCCAUUGUUAAUUUCCUAUAGAAAAGGCAGUGUUUUAAUGAUUUUAAUAUAACAAAGAACUGUAUGUGCUUAAAAUUACUGUAGGUAAUUAAAGAAGAUAACUUUAAUGGUUCAACUCAACUUUUCUUAUAAUUUGGAAAUUUACUUCACUUGAAAUCAUUAUUUCUUAAUAGGCUGUUUACCUAUUUUUUCAAGUGGCAAGAAAAGGUAGAAUAAUUGUUUUCUCUAUCAAAGGGCUGUGGCAUAGUUAAGCAGCUUAGUCAUUAUUUUAGGCUUGUGAAGUGUAAUUUGCUUACUAGUAGGUCUUGGGGAGGUUGAAGAUAUUUAGAAUAUAUUAAUGGAUAGUGAAUUGUGGUAAAGUUCAAUUUUAAUGAUUUGAGUGAUGUAUGAACAAAAGUGCCUUAUUUCUCCAUCCAAAAACUUUGCCAUAUACAGUUCUUGUUUUGUAUAGUUUACUGCAUGUAUUAUAUUGUCUAGACCUGAUGCAACUUAUAUAGGUUUUAUAUUUUUAUAAACAUCUCAGUGGAAUUUUUACUUUGAAGUGCAAUGAUUGAAGUGUUCUGUAGGAGGCCUAAAAAUUUGUUUUUAGUGUUUCAGAUUCCAAUAUUAGAUUUAAUGCAUUUUAAGCAGUGAGGUACUUUUUUUAUCUUCAGUAUAUUUAUGUGUACUUCAUGAUUGUUUUAGUGAUUUUUAUCAACUUGGCUGUUGCAGUUUCUUUGCAUUGAAGGGAUAUUGAUGAGAAAUUUUUCACUAAUUGAUUAUGCAUAACAUUUAAAUGCCAAAUUUUUCACUAAUUGAUUAUGCAUAACAUUUAAAGGCCAAAUUUUUCACUAAUUAAUUAUGCAUAACAUAUAAAUGCCACACUUAUUUCCAUUGAGAAGGCAGUUGAAGAAGGCUCGAAUGAAUUUAGCAAUUAUGGCCAACGAUUGGUAUUUUAACUUGGUAAUUUUUUUUUAGAAUAAUGUUGCAAUUUGAUGAUGGGAUAAUAUUUAUGGAAGAUAUGCCACUACUAUUUUUGUUUUGCGUCAAGGGAUUUUAUCUAAUGUGCAUCCCUUCUCUUAGUUAUGUAGGUCUUGUUUUGGAUUGUUAUUUCCAAUUAAGGACUGCAAUAUCUUAGACUGUAUGGUCCAGAUAUUUUUGUUCUUCAUUUUGACAAGAUGUUUUGUAUUUAUAUAUAAGAUGAUUUACUUGUAUAUUUGUGCUUGUAAGCACGUCUUGUUCACCCUUACCAUUUCAUUACAAUAUUCACGUGCAUACAAGUUUGCAAUGAAUCAUAUAUAUAUAUAUCACUGUCAAACUGUGCAAGUAAGGUUACUCUAUGGUGAAUUUGAGUUUUUGUUGUACAGUACUUCACUUUAACCAAAUCUGUGUAGUAAAUUAAGUGUGAGUAGUGGUGUAGCUUGUAGUUCAGAGAUUUCACUGUUAUAUUUGUAAACCACCUAUUGUGAGUCAUGUACGUUUGACCAUCCAGUCUGCAAAGGGAAGCUACCCACUAUGGUACCAGAUCAGAUACUUCAGGACAUGGACUUGUUGCUUGUACAGUGCUAUAAAAGUAUUCAAUUUUUUUAUUCCAGUAAAUUUUUUCCAAAAUACUGAUAGUUUUGCGUGUUUUUGGUCAUUAAAAACUUUUCAUUCAUUAGGAAACAAUACGUAGUGUUAAACUGUGAUGAAAAUGCUAAUUAGGACUUAUUAUUUAAAAUAAAGCUUUAGCUUUCAUAAGGAAAAUUUUUGGCUUCAUUUUACACAAAAGACCAUCUGAUUUAUUUGGAAGUGCUUCUGUUGUGUGGUAUAUAUAUUUUUCUUUUUCUUUUUUAGGAACCUACUUGUAUAGAAUUAGCUUUGUUGUAAGUCACUUACACAAGCUUUGUAAAUUUAUGCGGCAUUGCACAUUUUGUGUAAGUCAUUUGACUUGAUUCAUUUGUUUGGGUGAUUACAUUACCACCUAGUUUUCAUUAACAUAAUCAUUUCAUUUAAUUCAUUCAUGCAAGAUCUUUGCUUUCUUCAUAUCAUGCUAUUAACUAGUAUCAACAGAUAUGCAUAAUUUGGUAGCCCUUGUAUUGAACAUUUUAUUUACACUGGUCAGAUUUCUGUUAUACAGCUCAGGAAAGGCUUAGUAUAUUAGUUAAUGAAGAAUAGAUCUGUUACUAUCAGUAUAAGAUUGCCUUACUGUAGUCAAGGUAGUAUGGCUACUUGACACUACUGUAUAUGGAGAAAUCGCCUUUCACUGUACAUCUGACUGUGUUAAUUUUAGGCAAGUGUUGAUGUGGAUUUUAAAUCUUGAAGUUUUUCAAAAGGUAGUAGUAGUAUUAGUUUAAAAAUGAAUUUAAACAAUUCAGUCUUUCCGGUUUAACUUUAUCUCUCAAGUUUGUAAUGUUUAUGUGAAAGGAAUUAAAUGUCUAAAAUUUUCUGCAGUCAUAUUACAAGGCACCAUUUGAAUUUCAGUUUUUAAUGCUUAUUUGUAAAAAUAUCAGUUAUAUAUUUGAAGUUGUUGGGCAAGCAUGUGUUGGUGAUAUACACCAUUAAUAUCAGUUACUUGUAAAGAAGAAAGUCUUUUUAGAAAUUUACUAAUUGUGCUUUGAUUUGUGCAAUAAUGAGAUUUUCUUUCCCUGAUCUGACUUAAGAAUCAAAUGAAAUUAACAUUGGUAAUGAUCAGCUUUAAAUAUGUUGAAUUUUAAACCUUGCAUUAUUUAUCAAGCCACAUAAUAUGAAGUGGAUGUUUUAACAAAGUAGACAAAUUAUCAUGCAAAAAUACUAAAUUUGUAGGUAAAGCAAAUUUAAUGUCUACAUUUUACCCAGUGAUCAGCAGAAUUUUUUUUUACAUACAUUUGAAUAAAAAAGAAUGGUGAAGACCUGUGGAAGAGGAAGAGGGAUAACUGUCAAUUCAGAACAGUUAACUGAAGAAUUGAUAAGUUUCAGUUUCUAGAAACUACUGAUAACAGGUCAUUCAUUUAAAUGUAAAUUUGCAACAAGAAGGGUGUUGUAUCAUGCAAGAGAAAAGAUAUGGGUAAGCAAUAUAUAUUUCUGUGAUAAAAUGUAGUAUAUUCCAUCCCUCAAGUGGCUUCAAAGUACUGUACAUAGUUUAGGAAGGGUAAUGAACUGUAGUUUUGACUAUUCAAGGAACUUUUUACAAAUCUAUUAAGAAUUUGUCCUAUGAUGAUACAUUUAUUGCAAAUGAAAAUUCACUACAUCAAGUGAACUUCAUGGAAAAUUUAUAUUGUUUGGCAAUUAGUUACAUUAUACUUGUAAUGUGGGAUUAGAUUGUGUAAUAUUCAAAAGCCAGUUGUAUAGGAAAUAUUCUGUUAUUUGGAAAUAAUGUAAAUUUAACAUUUGCUGCAGUUUUAAUUUAUUCACUAUUGACAAAAUGUUUGGUAAAUUAGUUAAUUUAUCGGGACUGAAUAUUGUGUAUUAAAUUUGUAACAGAACAUUCCUGGUAAUAAGACUGAGCAAAAGCUAUUAUUCCAUAUUGUAAUGGAAUAUGGGACUACAGUGGGCCCGUGUAUUCAAGAUUUGCAGACGCACAUAUACUUGGGAAAUCGUGGUAGUAUUUUUCUAUGAGAAAUAACCACAGAUUUACUGAAUUUUAUCAGGUUUAUGAUUAAAUGCCCUUUUUGUUAUAAAACUAUUAAUAAACCAGGUAUAAGCAUUUUUAGUGGGCUUUUCUCGAGUUUGAACUAACAAAAUAGGCAGUUCUUAGCGUUUUUAUAGGGGUUCUUCCAAGUAUUCACAGAUUAUAGCUAUUUGCCGGGGGAUCUGGAACGUAUCCCCCCACCCACGAAUACAGGGUCCACUGUACCUGUAGUUUUUAUACUGAGGUACAUGUAGUAUGUCAAACCUGCUAAAAAUUUAGGCAAAAACUUAGGUUCAAGUUUUGUAUUUGCAUUCUUUGUAUAUUUAGAGUAGUUGGUUAUUUUGUGAUUAUCUACUCUCAUUAAGCUGUAUGAGGAAAUUUGGCUUUUGAAAAUGUAUCUUAGUUGAUAAUAGGGUUAAUAGGUGCUUUCAUGACUGUAAUGGCAAUCAAAGCCCGCUUGUGCAUAAUACUAUUGACUGGUUAGCACAAACAUUUGCCUCCAUAAUUAUCACAGUGUUGACUGAUGCAUAUAACAAACACCAGUAAACAUAACAUAUUGGAAA